AUGCCUCGCAGUCGACGUAGUAAUCAAUAUCAUCUUCGAGAUAGUCAAAUUGACCCAUUACUAACAUAUGAUGGUAUUAAAACAAAUCCAUUAUCAUAUAUCAAUAGUGAUAUUGUUUCAAUUGAUAGUAAUUUAAUUUAUUUAGCUGAACUUUAUUAUGAACAUUGGAAUAUAAAUUUAUUAACAGAAGAAAUAUUUCUUCAUGAUCCAUUUAUAUUUUCUAAUAAUGAUGAAAAUAUAUAUUUAAAAAAUAAAAUUCAUCCAUUAAAAUGGUUAUAUGAUUUAAUUAAAAAUGAACAAUUAUAUAUAUAUUAUUCAUCAAAACAAUGUACAUUAACACUUGUAUAUUCAUUAAUUUUAUCAAAAAAUAAAAAACAAACAUUUAGUUUAUUUACAUUUUAUAAUUAUUGUAAAGAAAAUGAUAAAACAAAUCAAUUUUUUAAACAUUUAUUUGCAUUUGAUGAUUAUCAAUCAAUAUUAGAAAUGAAUAAUAAUGAUACAAAUGCUAAUAAUAUUAUUGAUUUUAUUUAUCAAGAAAUUCAAGCAACAACAAUGAUUAAUAUUGAUAAUAAUUAUUCAUCAUCUUUAUCUACAACUUUUUUAAAAAAUGAUAUUAUUCAAUUAAAAGAUCAUCAAAUAAAAUCAAUUGAUUGGAUGCUUAAACGAGAACAAGAUCUAUCAUCAUCAAUUGUUUAUACACCAUUUCAUCGUUGUCAUGAUUUAUUUGAUAAUAUAUUUUAUGUUCAUAUUAUAUAUGGUAUACCAUUACAUAUCAAUGAAAUAAAUCAUUAUCAUAAUGAACAAUUUUCAUUAUCUGGUGGAAUACUUGCUGAUGAAAUGGGUCUUGGAAAAACAAUAUGUGUAUUAUUAACAUCAUUAUUAAAUAAAUGUUCAAAUUUAUUUGUUUCAGAAAAUUUAAUUAAUAUAAAUCAAACAAUUUUAAAUAAUAAUAAUGAAUUACCAGUAAAUAAAAAAUUUAAAUAUGAUGAACAAUUAGAUUUACCUUGUGUUUGUGGUAAAAUAGCAAAAUUAUCAAAACGACAACAAUAUUUAUCAGAAACUUUAAUUUCAAUUUGUACACAAUGUUCACGUUCAAUACAUAAAAAAUGUUUCAUACAAAAUGAAAAUUAUCAACAAUUAUUUAUUUGUCCUUAUUGUGAACAACGUUUAACAAAUAAUGAUCAAUUAUUAUCAACAGGUGCUACAUUAAUUAUUGCACCAGCAGCAAUUAUUGAUCAAUGGAUUGAAGAAAUAGAUAAACAUUUAAAUUGUUCAUUAAAUAUUUAUAUGUAUGAAGGUAUUGUUAAUAAAAUACCAAUACCUGAUCGAUAUUUUCUUGCUAAACAAGAUUUUAUAUUUUGUUCAUAUGAAAAUUUAAAAAAAGAUAUACAUCAUAAUGAAAUAUGUUCAAAAGAAUAUCAUUCAACAAGAACACAAGUACGAAAAUAUGAAUAUUUAAUAAGUCCAUUAUUAAGAUUAAAAUUUUGGCGUCUUGUACUUGAUGAAGCUCAAAUGGUUGAUUCACCAAAUACACCGGCAUCUAAAAUGGCUCGAUCACUUGUAGCACAUUAUCGAUGGUUUGUUACUGGUACACCAUUUCAUUGUUCAAUAAAUGAUCUUGAAGGAAUAGUUCAAUAUUUAUUUCCAUUAACUAGUAUACCAAGAGAUCAAAUAUCAUUAUUAUUAAGAAAAAAAGAUAAAAUAAAUGAUGUAUUUUUAUCAUGGAUAAUGAAUUUUCUUAAAUUAAUAACUCGACGAACAUCUCGUCAAUGUUUAAAUGAUUUACCUGAACAAUAUGAACGUGUAAUAGGAUUACAAUUUUCUCAACUUGAAAGAACAUAUUAUGAUCGAAUAUGGAAUGAAUGUCGAGAUGAAUUUAAACGAGAAUUUCAACAUUUAUGGCAAAAAAGAGAAAAAGAAAGAAAUGGUGGAAUUUUACCAGAACAACCUACAACAUGGACAUUAGAAUUUGAUAGUGAAAUCGAUAUGAAUGAUAUUCAUUUUUUAUCAUCAACAGCUCGUACUUGUCUUCAAACACCAUUAAUAAAACUUCGUUGUUUAUGUGAUCAUCCACAAGUUGGUGCACAUGGUGUUAGACAUAAUGAUCCAGCACUUGUUCAUUAUUAUAAUCGUUUUCAUUAUUCAUCGAAUAGAAAUUUUUCUGUUCGACGUCAAACAAAUUUAUUAGAAACAAAUUCAUCAUUAAAUAAAGAUGAUCAACCAUUUACAAUGAAAGAUUUACUUGAUUUAUUAACAGCACGUGAACUUGAAAGUGGAGAAGAUUGUCUUCGUCUUUCAUUACUUAAUUUUAAUGGUCUUGCUAGUAUUUAUCUUAUACAAUAUGAACAUGAAAUAACUCGACCUAUUAUUGAAAAUAAUAAUAAAAAUAAUGAAUAUUAUAUUACUAAAGCUAUACAAACAUAUGAAAGAGUUAUUGAAACAUCUGAAAUUUAUAAAGAACAUUUUCAUGCUGAUUCAUUUCAAUUAGCACAUGCUUAUUAUAAUCUUUCAUAUUCAAUUUCAUUAUUAACAAAAAAUGAAAAUUUCAAUAUGAAUAUUCAAAGUAAAUUUUCAAGUGAUGAAACAUUAAAUGAAUUUAAUAAAAUUAAACAACGACAUCAAACACAAUCUGAACAUGAAAUGAGUGAAGCAUGGAAAAAUUUUAAUGAAAAAUUAUUAAUUAAAAAAGAUGUUGAAAAUGAUAUUAAAAAUUUACUUAUAGAUAUAUCAACAUGUAUUAAACCAAUUGAAAAUGAAAAAGUUGAUAUACAUUAUCAUGUUAAUCGUGAACGACAAUUACCAUUUACAACAUGGAAUGGAUUUUUAUUAAAAUUAGUUCAAGAAUUUGAUAAAUUAAAACAAAUUCGUGAAAAUUUAUUAAUUUAUAUUGAAGCAUUUAAACGACAACCAAAUGAUGAUGAUGUAGCAAAAAUGGCUGCAUGUUCAAAAUGUGGUUUAGAUAAUGAUUUAUCAAAUGAAAAUAUUUGUAUAUUUUGUGAAUGUGAUAUUGUUAUGAAAAGUUAUAAUUGCAGUCUUCAACCAGAAUUAUAUUCUGAUAAACAAAUAAAUGAUGAUGGUGGUACACAUUUAAUUUAUUUUAUAAAUGAAAUCUUAUCAAAAGCUUCAAUGCGUUCUCAUGAAUCAACACGUCAAUUAGCUAAAUUAUUACGAACAGAUUGGAAUGAUUUACUUAAAAAACUUCGUUUAGAAAAUACAUCAGCACGUAUAUAUUCUCAACAAUUAAAACAUUUAUAUUUAUCAUUAGAUGAAAUGUUACAAUGUACAUCACGUCUUGAAUAUUAUAUUGGUGAUAUAAAAACUCGUCCAAAAAAACAUUAUAAUCGUUAUCGUUUUAAUUCUCAAAUAAUUGAAGAUGAACGUUUAGAUUUUGAACAACAAGCAUUAGAUUAUUUAAAAAAAGUUAUUAAACAUCGACAACAAUUUAAUUAUUUUCAAGAACAACAACAAGAUUAUUAUCAUUCAAUAGCAACAACAAAUCUUAUAUCAUCACAACGAACAAAAUGUCCUAUGUGUCAUGAAUUAUUUGGUGAUGAUAGACCUGAUGUUUGUUUUUUUUUAUGUGGACAUUUCUUUUGUCAUGAAUGUACAUUACAAUGGAAAAAACAUGAAAUAGAUCAACGACCACAUCGAUCACAUAUUAAAUGUCCUAUUUGUCGUCGAGAAAUUCCAAUUAAUUCUUUAACAGUUCUUAAAUGGCGAGAUCAAAAUACAACAAUAAUUACAUCAUCAUCAUCAUCAUUAUCACCACAAAAAACAACAAUAGAAAAUUCUAUAUCGGAUGAUAUUUCAUCUUCACGUCUUCGUCGUUUAAUGGAAACUCAAGAACUUUUAACAAUUCAAGGUCGUUAUGGUACAAAAGUUGAUUCGAUUGUUUCAUUUAUACUUAAUCUUCUUAAUGAUGAUAUUCAACAAUCAACAUCUAUUACUACAAUAACAACAAUGAAUAAUAAUUCAAAACCACCAUUAAAAAUUCUUGUCUUUUCACAAUUUACAGAUGUACUCAAUGUUUUAGCUAUUUCACUUAAACUUAAUGCUAUUUCAUAUUUACAAUUUACAUCAACUAAAAUUCUUCAACAAUUUCGACAAGAUCCUAAUAUAACUGUUCUUCUUAUGCCACUUGGCAAAGGAGCUAAUGGUCUUAAUUUAACUGAAGCUCAACAUGUUAUUCUUGUUGAACCUCAAAUUCAUCGAUCAGUUGAAUUACAAGCAAUUGCUCGUGUACGUCGACUUGGUCAAAAAUAUAAUACAUAUGUUUAUCGAUUUAUUGUUAAUGAUACAGCAGAAGAAGUUGUACUUGCUAAUUCUCGAACAUCACAAACAAUACCAAUAAAUAAUCAUCAAACAACAAUUGUAUCAGAUCAUUCAUCAACAAGUCGAGCUACAUCAUUUGCUGAUUUUGAACUUCUAUAUGAAAUAAAUAUGGCACGAAAAAUUUUUUUUCAAUCAAUACAAUCGACAACAACAACGAAUCAUCAAUUAGACACAUCUAUAUUAUAA